UCAAAGUUCACUGCUUUUCUGUAAACUGCUGUGGCAGCUUGUGAUAUUGAUAUUGUUUUUGCAAAUAAUUACAACAUAGAUAGAAAGAUGUGACGUGCUAACGCCUUUUUGACGCUUUUCAAUAUUUUGCAGCUUUAGGAAGCAAUAGUUAGUUGAAAUUAUGUCAUCGUCUGACAGAAUACAACACACCGGACUGGUCACACAACAGAGGCGGUUGCGUCACCUAUGCAGUCUAUCAGCUCGCAACAUCCAGGUCGGUACACAGCCUGAUGCCACUCCGAAGGAGAAAGAGUCGCUGAUAGAAACCUACUUUACUCUGCAUAUAUGGCCGUCUUGUCAAACUGUUUACACAAGUGAAAAGAUCAACAAUUCUUUAAAUCCAACAUGGCGUAGCUUUGACCUUCAAAUGUCCUGCCCUGACCUGGACGUAUCCCAGUCAACUAUUCUUGUAAGGAUGUGGGGCGGUCAAGACUCCGAAUGUAGCCUUGUUAUAGAAUGGCUGGUCAAUCUCAGAGGUCUGUGCUACCUAGGAACUCAGAUACACAAGGAUGGAGUUCGGUACCAACCCAAUUCCCUCAUCUUUGGGAUGUUUCAGGGUUUCUAUGGUGCGUCGGAUAACCUACUUGAUUCAGCUGUGCAGAAUUAUUUUCAAACAUCGAUCGAAGUGGAGCAGAGUGCCGCAAUUCUUUCAUACAAGACGUUUUCUUUGGGAAGGCUACACACCACUCAGCGAGCAAUAAGACAGACGGAAGCAACGGUUACCAAAGUCAGAAGUUCCAUCGUCCAUAAACUGACCUUAGCAAAGAAGAAAACCGUCCUGCGUUCGGGAAUUGAAGAGUUGAAACUACGUCUGGGAAUUCUAAAGGGUGAAAUGGAAAGGCAGGAAGUCUUGAUGGCGUCAGACUGCAAAAGAUGCACCAAAACGAGAGAGGUCAUUGAUGAAAGAGCUCAAGCUCACAAGUUACGAUGUGAGAGAAUGAGGAGUGAAAAAGACGAGUGGACAAACCAACUUGAGCUUCUCAGAGAGAGAAAAGAACAACUGCAGAAGUUAUCAGCGCAGUAUGCAGCCCGUAAAACUACCCUCAUCGGGGAGUUGGCUGAUAUCUACCCCGUUGUGGAGGUCGCAAACAAUGAGCACACAAUUCUAGGCAUCAGACUUCCCAAUGCGGAGAAUUACUCAGGAACCGAUGAUAUGGUGGUAUCCACCGGGCUCGGACAUACUUGCCAUCUUAUCUUGAUGAUGUCACAGAUCCUCAAGUUACCCCUUCGCUAUCCCAUGAUCCACUACGGGUCUCGAUCUAUCGUCCGAGAUCACAUCACGGAAGCGCUGGCUGAGAAGGACAGAGAUUUCCCGUUAUACAGUCGCGGCAAGGAACGAUUCCAGUUCAACUAUGCUCUGUACCUUCUCAAUCGGAACAUAGCUCAACUCAGAUUCGCCUUGGGAGUCCAAACCACUGAUCUCAGAGCCACUCUACCUAACCUCAAAACACUUCUGGAACUCAAGUGGGGAGUUAAAAAUACCGACAGCAUGAUAUACCAAUCGCCAAGAAGCCUCCGCCAGCAGGGUUCGUCCUCGACCCCGCCCCAGCAGAGGACAACGCCAGCCAACGCCCAACCUUAUCCCGUCCAGGCACCCCCUGUCUACAGCCAGGUAGAUUCCUCAAGGUCAAAGACAGUUCCCAACACCCCACCGCCCGUCUACCAACAACCUGACGCUGGGAGAACCCCUCCCGCUUCGCCGUUUGUCGAGCUGAUAAGUCCGUUUGAAGAGCUGACUCUGGAAACAGAGCCAACUCCAACCCUUCCAAUACCUAUCCCGAGCGUUGACAUGGCUGCUAAGGAUAUUGAAGCAAAACAAGCCAUGCUUGUGAAUCGCCAGAAUGGCACGACUGUGCAAACCACUGCUUUGGUGGAACCUCACAGAAACACUGACUUAGAAGAAUCUCUAAGCGACGUAGACAGCACAGGAACUCUCCAGCCAAGACAUUCUAGCGAAACCUAUCAGAAGCAGCAGAGCAGCUGGCCAACAAUUCAGUCUGUCGGCGAAGACAACGAAAUCAGUAGAACGCUGGAGAAGUCUCUAGACGUUGACCAGACAGAGAUGGAGAAGUCCCUAGAGGUGUUUACAUUAUCACUAGGAGAUGAAGGGAAUGAACUGGAAUCUCCUCGCGGCGAAUUGCAGACCACCUCACUUGACUUCUCGCCAGACGUUGAAGGCGAUUCCACAGCCUUACCAAAGUUUGCACCAUCAGGCCAGCUUAUUGUUUCAGAGCAGUCCACAGCCGAACCAGCAGCUCAACCUCCUGCUGAUAACAAACAAGUCAACCCAUCCAGUAUGAACAGCAACCACAACUCAUCUUUAGUUAGCCUUCCUGAUUUUCAGACUGCUUCAAAACCCGAAACCAAACGUGCAUCACCUGACUGUGACAGCACAAAUUUAACCCAAACUCCUGACCAAGUCAUCACCUCCUCGACACUGGCAGAACCAAUGUCAAAACCAAACUCGGCACACAACAUGCACAAUCUCAGCCAAUCGCCUAAAAUUAGCUUCAUAGACGCAUUAAAUUUUGACGAGAAUGCCAAAGUCACAUAUCCACAAGACAACGAUCGUCCUAUGAGCAUAGAUCGAGCUUCCAAUAACCGGUCCCCUGUAGAGAUUCCACAAAGGGAGCCUGUCCAUUCUGGUUACUCAACAGAAUCGGAUUCCGUUUACCAGUUUGAUGACCUCGGAAGUCGUACGGAGGCCCUCGCUAGACACGAAAGCUUCUCAAGCUUCAAAAAAGCGUCUAGUCCGGCUAAAGCGCACAAAUUUGGGAAAACAUAGAAACCUCGACCAAACUAGUUUGACAAUUGUUGUAAGCAAAGUGCUUGCACCUGAAAAGAGGGUCAUUUCCCUCUGGACCUCUGGAUAAAUAUAUUUACGCGGUAAGUAUUAUAUUAAUAUUCUCUUACAGUCUCUAUUUUAAUCUUAUAAUGCAUUUACAUAUUACAUUUAGUCACUUUUUAAGAAUUUGUUUUUACAUAACUCAUAUUUUGCACAGUUUUAAUUAUUGAAUACUUACAACAUGUGCAUUGAUCAAGGCAAUGCACCCUAUAGGCACUGAACACGUUUGGUAAUUGUCAAAGACCAGUAUUCUCACUUGGUGUAUCCCAACAUAAGCAUAAAAUA